AUGGCGGCGAGCAGGAGCAGGUGGUAUGUGAAGCCCUUGGAGACCAGCUCUUCCAAAACCAAAGUUAAGUCCACUGUGAUGAUUCCCGAAUCCCAGAAGCUUCUGAGAUGUGAACUGGAGUCACUCAGGUGUCAGCUAGAGGCCCAGACCAAGGCUUUCGAGUUCCUAAGCCACUCAGUGACCAUGUUGGAGAAGGAGAGCUGCCUGCAGCAAAUCAAGAUCCAACAGCUUGAAUAGGUGCUGGGCCCCAUGAGCCGCCAGGCAGACAAGGAGAGACACAAGUGGGACGUGGAUGAGGGAUGGCAGGACCUGUAUGAGGCCCUGGCUAAAGGCCUGCAGGGGCUGCAGAAGACCCUGCAUGACAAUGAGGAGGUGCAGCAGGCCCGUACCACCCGCUGUCUACAGCUGUUGGCGCAGGAGAUCCGGGACAGCAAGAAGUUCUUGUGGGAGGAGCUGAAGCUGGUACGGGAGGAGGUGACCUUCAUUUAUCAAAAGCUACAGGCGCAGGAAGAGGAGAUCACGGAGAACCUGGUGAACAUCCAGAAGAUGCAAAAGACACAGGUGAAGUGCCGCAAGGUCCUGACCAAAAUGAAGCAGCAUAGGUAUGAGACAUCCAACUGGUCAGAGACUGAGGAGUUGCCACCAGAAGGCAGUGGCUCCUGGAGGGAUGACCUCCAGAAGGAGCUGGGUGACAUAUGGUCCGCUGUGCACCUGCUGCAGAACUCCUUUGGUGGCCUCGCCAUAUACUCGGGGCCCCCCAGGGCUGCGAGCCUCAGGGGCUAUAAGGGGCACCGAUGCCUGAGCCCUCCACGCCCCUCCUGGGACUCGGACUCGGACUCAGACCAGGACCCUUCCCAGCCACCACUCAGCAAGAGCUGCUCCUUCCCACCUGCCUGAGCAGCUGGGACUGCUCUCCCUGAAGACCCCUCCAGAGAGAAAAUAAACUAGCUGAGAC